ACAACUGAAGCCACAACAACAGCAGCUCCAACCACUGAGGCAACAACGACACCUUCGCCAACAACAAAUGACCCUGCCCCGACAACAACUGAAGAAACAACGACACCUGCUCCAACAACUGAAACAACUACAAGUGCUCCGACAACUGAAGAAACGACACCUGCUCCAACAACUGAA